AUGGCGAACUCAACACCAGAUGGGAACCACACAGCGAAAGGUCAAGCCUUGUUUUGCUCGACUCGUCAUUAUGGAUUGCCGCAAAAGAUUUUCAUUUUGACAUUAAAUGUUCCUAUGUCUAUAACUACAAUACUAGGGAACGUACUGAUCAUUGCUGCACUUCAGAGAGUACAUUCUAUCCAUCCGCCGUCAAAAGUUCUCCUCCGAUGGCUUAUGGGUACUGAUCUUGUCAUGGGUCUUCUUUCACAGCCUCUCUUUGUUAGCUUUUUAACGUCUCAGGAGCACUCAGUAACUUGUAAUCAUCUGAAGACCCUUUUUUAUACCACUGCUACAUUACUUGGGUUAGGGUUGAUUUUGACACUGACAGCAAUAAGCGUGGACCGACUCUUUUCUCUUUUACUUGGUCUGAGAUACCGGCAGCUGGUAACUAAGAAAAGAGUGCGGGUCACAAUGAGUUUGCUUUGGCUUCUUAGCGCUGUGAUUGCAUCGACGUUCAUUUAUCAGCCAUUCGUUACAACGAGCAGCGUUUACACGACUGGUUUCCUGUGCGUGAUCGCCUCGACGUUUUGUUACUUAAAAAUCUACUUGAGACUUCGCCAGCUUCAAACACAAGUAAACGUGCAAGGGCAAUUUGGUCGGGGAGAAACCUUCAACAUCGCACGCUACAAAAAGACGGUGACGGGCGUAGUCUGGGUGCAGAUAACACUGGUGAUUUGUUAUGUACCACACGGGAUAGCCCAAGCUAUAUUUGCUUUCACUGAAUCGAAUACGCCAUCUUUCAACUUCGUUUGGGAUGUAACAAUUUCUAUGGCUUUCUUGACCUCAACUCUGAAUCCUUUCUUAUAUUGCUGGAAGGUUCGCGAGGUAACACGUGCAUUGAAGGACACAGUCAGACCAUUGUUUUGCUGAUUAAGGGGAAAAAUGUGUAACACAUUGGAAUGAGCGGUCCGCUGUAAGAAAAGUAUGCAUUUGGAAAAACAAAGCUUCAGGGCGUGAGGCGCGCAAGCACAGCCCUAUACGUAAGAAAUUAUAGUACCCAUCAAGUUUGGUUACUAUGUAAUAACAGAGCAGGAAAAUUUAAAAGUUUCAUUUUAUGACUUACACAAUAACUUAAAGGGAUACUCUGCCGAGAACGACCUCUAUAUAAGUUAUACAUCAUGUACGUCGAUAUACAUCAUGUACGUCGAUAUUGCAGAAUUGAAAAUAUCACCUGUUGAAGGCUAUCAUCAAACGCUGAGGAAAAUGACCAGUCUAAGAGAUUUACAACCCGAUCUGUCAGUUGUAUAGACAUUUACACCCAAAAAAACCAUCGCUAUGGCUUCAGCAAUAAUGAUAAGACAAUAAGAACGUCAAUCAAUCUAUUUGAAGCGAAGAAAAUCGUCUGAUGCGGCUUGAGAUUCAGAGACUCUCUGAAAAUGAUGGUCGUAAAAGACCACAUGGAAUUUGCUAAUUGGUUCGGAUAUUGGGCCUUGGAGGCGUAAGGUGACUAAUUGACUCCACCACUAGGGCACAAUGGGGAUGACGAGAACUUAGGGAACGUAAAUCUCUUUGUUGUGGUCUGGCGUUGUUUCCCGGAAAUUCCAAAAUUUUGGGCAUCUGCAAAAAUUUUUUUUCAAAACUUAAACUGCUCAAUGUAGUCAGGCCUCAGUCCCCCACAAAGUGUUUUAAAGUACAUCACAGCAUAUCAAUAAGGAGAAUGUGCUAUAUAAAUGGACCAUUAUCAUCUUCGUAUACUGUUUGCUUGUUAACUGCCGGUUUUUCUUUUCAUUUUGUGUUAUCUGACUUCAAUAUGAUCAUAAGCUAGAUGUGAAGUAAGUGAUUUUCCUUUUACCUUUGGUUCUGCCGGUGGCAAUGUGCCAUUUGUCACUUCAAAAUAUUUUCCUUAGAGGCGACAAACACACUCUUUAAAAUUGAGAUUUUUGCAUCAAUUUGAAUGACACUGGAUUAACACUGACACUGAAAUGAUCAUGAAUCUUAAUUUUCGAUAUGACAAAGCCUCUUGAAAAUUUUUGUCAGUAAUGUACAUUGAUGACGUAGGCACUGAACUAAUGAAUAGAGAGGUCAAAUCAUGCAAACCAAAGACAAGACGUUAGGAAAAGCAUCUGAAAUUUUCUGAAAUGUAACUGUUUUUAUUCUCUUCACAAAAGAAACUUCCAAAUCAAGACGCUUUUGGAAAUAGUGUA